UUAUUGUUGAUGAUUGUUGCAAUUUUUCUAAUUAAAAAGUAAACGUUCUUUAUCUGUAAUUUCUGUGAACGAAACUUAAAACUUUUAACACUUAUAAACAUGACUCUAAAUCUGGGUAGAAAGGACGGUGGACCUGGAUACGUGGGGAUACAAUUCUGUCAAGAGUGCAACAACAUGCUUUACCCGCGUGAAGACAAAAACAAUAAAGUCCUCCUGUAUGCCUGCAGAAACUGUGAUUACAAACAGCUAGCGGACUCCAACUGUGUGUAUGUCAACAAAAUUAUGCACGAAGUAGAUGAACUAACUCAUAUCAAUCCUGAUGUUGUAAGCGACCCCACGUUGCCCCGCACGAAAGAUCACAUGUGCCCAAAAUGUAAUCAUAGAGAGGCUGUAUUUUUCCAAGGACAAACGCGCCGCGCUGAAGAGGAAAUGAGACUUUACUACGUGUGUACUAGUUGUAAGCAUAGAUGGACUGAGUGAAUAACUGUAUUGUUGAAUGUGUAUCUUAUUGUUGAUGACAAUCCCAUAAAUGUGAAACUGAAACUAAAUUUCAAGACUUUGUUUUUAAUAGUAACAAUCCGCAGUUUAUCAGUGAUAAAGAUGAUGAAAUAUAUUAAAUGAAAUAAUAAAACCAAUAUUUAUUUUUGUAAUCUUUUAUUAAACCAAAAAUACUGCCAAGCGGUAUGUAAUGUGAUCUAAUAUUAACAGUUAACAAUUCACAGCCAUUGAUUAAUUAUUAAUAAAUUGAACAAUAAUAAGUGGAAACAUUCUCACUAAGUGAACUUGUCUAUUACAAUAGACAACUUAUAAUGUGCAUACUAAGAUCUAAAUGUAAUUUAGGUAUUUCUUCUUAUUUGGCACAAUUUCUAAUAAUCUAUAGACUGUCUUGCUGAGAGUUGAUAAUUAUUAAGAUUAUUAUGUCUAGGAAGAGCAACUGUCUUAAUAAUCACAAUCUAUAUAAUGAGUGAAAUUAUCACAGUGAGCACAGAGGAAGUUGUCAUUCUCUUGUUAUAUUGAAUAAAUAUUGCACUAAAUGAAUUUAAGCCACAAAGUACUACAAUAAUAUUUUUUUACUUACAAAAAAUCUUUCUCUUUUUUUAUUGAAAUUGGAACCCUUGAUUUGAGCUAAAAAAAAUCACUUUUAUCAACUCUCAGUAAACAGAUUAUUUAUUUAACACAUCAUUCAUGAAGAUUUUAGAGAGAUAUAAAUAAAAGAGAACAAUUUUCUUAGAAUAUCUGUAAAAUUUUGAUAUUAUAAUAUUCUCUCUUGGUGACCCAAACACUUAUACUUAAAGGACAAUUUUAUCAUUAUAACAUAAGCCAGUGUCUUUAAUAAUAAAUUGUAUAUAUUUUUUAAUUUUUAAUAUUAAUAACAGGAUAUAAUAACAAUUUUAUAUUAUUCAACAACCUUUGAGGAAGACAGGUUGUUAGAUGAUUGUAUUCAUAUUUUAAAUCAGAAAGCCUAACAUGUUACUUAUAUAAACUAUAAAUAACAUUUAAAUAUGCAAAAUAUCUCAAAAAUUAUUAUAUUAACAA